AUGAAGACCGCCACUGCCCACACCCACGACGCUUCCGGCCUCAAGUCACCGCAAGACCCUCACCUGCAAGACCACACCGGUGGCUUCCGGCUGCUGCCCGUUUCGCCACAGACCUACGUCCAGCUCUCCGGCAAGCAGGGCGACGGCGAUGGCGUGACCAUGCUCGAGAUCAAAUCCUCGCACAAGCUCUUCGGCGUCAUCUCGCGCUACAUCUCGCUCCACGGCAACAAGACCUCGGACCACUCUCACAGCUGGCUCCUCGCCGACGGCACCGUCAAGCGGUCAAACCCCUCGUCCUACAGCGACGACGAGGGCGAUGACGACGACGGCCUCGCCGACACCAAAGGCGACGCGACCAAGGAGGUCUCCGAGCUUCGUCUGGGCCUGGGCCUCCAUGAGGUCACCUUCCAGGGCCGCCUGAUCCGUCUGGUCCACCAGGCCAUCGGCCAGCCUGUCGGGGGUCCGUGCGGAGUGAGCCUCUACACGUCGAUGGUGCUGUCGGUGCCGGGCGAGGGCCAACAGGCGCUCCUGUCGGCCUUCUGCGACCACGUGCUCGACUGGGACUGCGAGAAGGACGACAAACGGUACAACAUCUACAUGUGGAAGCCGCAGCACAUGUACUGGAACAAGGUGGCGACGAAGCGGGUGCGGCCCAUCGACAGCGUCAUUCUGCCGGCCGACGUCAAGGACGCCGUCGUGAGCGAUCUGACCGAUUUCGACACGCGCGAGACCGCGAGGUGGUACACUCACCACGGCAUCCCCUACAAGCGCUCGAUGCUCUUCUACGGGCCGCCGGGCACGGGCAAGUCGUCGUUCAUCACCGCGCUGGCUGGCGAGCUGCAGCGCAACGUGUGCUUCCUCCAGCCGGCCCAUCCGGCCAUCACCGACGACAACCUGCAGAUGUGCGUGCAGUCCGCACCGGCCAACUCGCUCAUCGUCAUGGAGGACGUCGACGCGCUGUUCUCGCGCGACCGCGACUCGAAGGCCGCUGGCACAGCCAACGCGCCGCUCACAUUCUCGGGCCUGCUCAACGCGCUCGAUGGUGUGUGCAACCCCGAGGGUCAGGUCUUCAUUCUCACCACCAACCACGUGGAGCGGCUCGACCCGGCCCUGAUCCGGCCCGGUCGCGUGGACCUCAAGGUGCGCUUCACCACGGCCACCAAGGCACAGGCCGCGGUCCUGUUCCAGCACUUCUACCCCGACGAGAGCGAGCUGGCCCACGAGUUUGCCGAGGUGAUUGCCUCGCGUUUGCUCAACGUCAAGGACAAGAAGGCCGAGGAGGAGACGGCGGAAGCCGAUGGUGAGGAAACCGCUAAGGUGGAGGAGGACGAAGGUAUGGGCGUGAGCAUGGCCGCUCUGCAGCAGCUGUUCAUCGUGUGCCGAAAGAGCUCGCCGGCGGAAACACUCGACAAGGCUCGCUCCUUCGUUUUCUAA